AUGGUUCGUCAAUCUAAUUUGGUUAUCAUUGGUGUCUCUGUUGGUUUGGCCCUUGGAAUUCUGAUUUCUUGCCUCAUAUUUUUCGGCAUAAGGUGGUGCAAGAAGCGUUCUCAUAUUACACGAUCUGCGAACGAGCCUAGUUUGACAACUCUCCCCAUACGAACAAAUGGAGUUGAAGCAAGUACUGACUUUAGUGCAUCAAUCACUAGUUCCGUAACCACGUCAAGGUCAGAAAAUCUACAAAGAAAUUCCAAUUUCUCUUGGUGGAAUCAUCAAAACAAAGACCGGUUUGCUUCAGCAUCAGGCAUUCUAAAGUAUUCGUACAAAGAACUUCAAAAAGCCACACAAAAUUUCACAACUACCUUGGGAGAAGGAUCAUUUGGCACAGUUUAUAAAGCGACAAUGCCUACAGGAGAGGUGAUAGCUGUGAAGGUGCUAGCACACAAUUCCAAACAAGGGGAGAGAGAAUUCCAAACAGAGGUGUCUCUGCUAGGAAGACUACAUCACCGGAAUCUUGUGAAUCUGCUUGGAUAUUGUGUAGAUAAAGGACAGCGCAUACUGGUUUAUCAGUUCAUGAGCAAUGGAAGUUUAGCAAGUAUUUUAUAUGGUGAAGAAAAGAAGUUAAGUUGGGAUGAAAGGCUGCAAGUUGCUAUUGAUAUUUCACAUGGAAUAGAGUAUCUUCAUGAAGGAGCAGUCCCACCGGUUAUACAUCGUGAUUUGAAGUCUCCCAACAUAUUGCUAGAUGACACAAUGAGAGCAAAGGUUGCUGAUUUUGGCCUCUCAAAGGAAGAGAUCUUCGAUGGCCGAAAUUCUGGUCUUAAAGCCAUCCAUCCUCAUCAAAAUUUGUUGGAAUAUGUUAACCUUGCUGCAAUGGAACAUGAUGGUAUAGAUGAGAUACUUGACAAGCAACUUGUUGGAAAAUGCAAUGUUUUAGAAGUGAGGCAACUUGCUAAAAUUGCACACAAAUGCUUACACAAAUCACCUAAGAAAAGACCCUCUAUAAGUGAAGUUUCUCAAAGCAUAUCAAGAAUAAAGCAAAGAAGAUUGCGUCAUGUUAUGGAAGAUAACUUGUCAUUUGCAAAUAGUAAUAACUUCUCAAGAACUUCGAGUCGAUUAGAUGAUCGACAAGUUGAAUUAAGUAGGAUAGUUACCAUGACCAUCAAAGAAACUGUAUGA